AUGUCUCACCAGUCGCCAGCAGCAGCCGCCAGGCUAGCGAUUGUGCGCAUCCUUCUGAUCAUCUCCUAUGAUCUUGUUUUGGGGUUCUUCAGCUUGGUGAUCCACACCUUCUUCAGAGACAUUAAGACUCGUGGCUCGUUCAACAUCCCCAAGAGAGGGCCCGUGGUGUUCGUGAUUGCACCCCACCACAACCAGUUCGUCGACGGUUUGGUGGUGAUGUCCAAAGUGUGGGAGCACUCAGGUAGAAGAAUCGCCUUUUUGAUUGCAAACAAAUCGUACAAACGGGGUGCAGUUGGCGCUUUUGCCCGCUUAUGCAGUGCUAUUCCCGUGGAGAGAGCCCAGGACAUCUUGACUUCUGGCUCUGGCACCAUCACCUUCGACGGUACCAGCGUGACUGGCUCUGGCACCAAGUUCACCCAGGAGUGCGAGAUCAAGGGCUUGAUUGGAUUGCCCAACUCGAUGGGCAACUCACCCAUCGCCAGCAUCGAGGACGACACCCACUUAACCUUGAAGGCACCGCUUUCGUCCAUCAACCCCAAGCAUCAGAGCAAAAUCGAGCUUCUCUCCAAAGAAGGCACCUCGUUCAAGGUCGCUCCCCACAUUGACAACAACAUCGUCUUCCAGAACGUGUUUAGCCACUUGCAAAAAGGCAGGGUUUUGGGCAUUUUCCCCGAGGGAGGCUCUCACGACCGUCCGGACUUGCUCCCAUUGAAACCUGGGGUUGCGAUUAUGGCCUUGGGUGCAAUUGCCUCGCAGUUGAAGGACGGUGUCGAGGACAUCGAACCAGUCACGGUUGUUCCCGUGGGAAUGAACUACUUCCAUCCCAACAAAUUUAGAUCCAGAGUGGUCCUUGAUUUCGGCAAACCCAUCGAGGUGGGCGCGGAAAUGGGCAAGAAAUACAACGAGAACUCUCGAGAUGCCGUGGGAAAGCUAUUGGAAACCAUUACUUUGGGAUUGAAGGAGGUGACAGUUACGUGUCCCGACUACGAGACUCUCAUAGCAGUACAGGCCGCCAGACGGUUGUAUACCUCGCACUCCAGGUCUACCAUUCCCUUGCCCAUGGUGGUAGAGUUGAAUCGUCGCUUGGUGAAAGGAUACACGCUCUAUGCCGAGGACCCAGACGUGAAAGAAUUGAAAACGAUGGUAUCACAGUACGACCGUGAAUUGACUCGGCUCGGGAUCCGCGACCACCAGGUGGAGUCGCUAGACAGGGCCAACAGACUCAAGGUGUUUAUUCUCUUCACAGAACGGUUGUUCAAGUUUGGGCUUUUCAUGGGGUUGAGCUUGCCAGGAAUAUUCCUUUUCAGUCCGGUUUUCAUCACUGCCAGGCGAAUCUCGCGGAAGAAAGCCAAGGAAGCGUUGGCUGCGUCGGUGGUCAAGAUCUCUGCCAAAGACGUGUUGAGCACUUGGAAGAUCAUGGUUGCUUUGGUGUUGGCACCAGCCCUUUACAUCUUCUACUCGGUGAUCGGAACCGUCUUGAUUGUGCGGCUGGAAGUGGUCCCUAGCGACACUUGGGGCCUCAAAGUGCUCAUCUUCUUAUUCUGCUACGGGUGGGCAGUGUUGACCACAUACGCAUCGCUCAGAGUGGGCGAAAUUGGCGUGGACUACUACAAGUCGUUGGCACCACUCUUCGUGUCGAUUCUCAGUCACCACAGUCAGCAGUUCCACAUCAAGCAGUUGAAGGAGACACGAGCCGAGCUCAGCGAGCGGGUCAACGAGUUCUGCGAAAAGUAUGGCCCCGAGCUCUUUGACGACUACGGAAUCGUGCAAGGGUUGGCGCACAAGCAACGCGAGCAGGACGAUGAGUCUAUUCGCAGCCAGAUGUCGGAGGCAUCGGAUGAUGCAUUCAGUUUGAACAAUUUGGGCGACGUUCCUAUUUUCUCCAAUUUGCUAGACACCGCGACUCGAUUGUCCAGAAACUUGUACGAUGAGGACGCGAACGUGAGCGAAGUUGGCGAUGCUAUCGAAGACAGUGACGGGCACCCAGAAGAAGCCAAGGCGUCUCUGUUGCGGCAGCGGAUAUUGCGCACCACCAAGAGUAGUUUGCAGAAUAAGGAUUAA